GAUUCCAACAAUUUUUUCUUCACAUCUCGCAGAUUUGAAUCCAUGGAGAAAGAGAAUAAACAGUCAAAGCUGAAGAGCAGGAUCUUGAAGAUACUGCCAAAAGCUGCAGCGGCAGUCACAUUCCAAAACCUUCCCUUCAGCCCUGGCCGGGAUCACAAGUUCAAGAGCCAUGGCGGAAAAGGCUUCUUCUCUGGCCCCAUGAUUCCCGACGAGGCUAGAAGAAAACCCAGGGAUGGCGGCGUCGAAACUCAAGAGCCCACAUCGCCCAAAAUCUCCUGCAUGGGGCAGAUCAAGCACAAGAAAAAGCACAUUAAAAAGGGAGGGCCGAAGACCAUGUCGAUGCCCACACGCGCUGCAGAAACCGCGGAUUCCACCACUCCCAGAGACGCCACGGAGGAAAAGAAACGGGCUUCGAAGUUUCAGAGGAUGUUGUUCAACACGGGGAAACCGAAACCUGCGGCGAGGAAAAAAUCUGAUGCGGGCGACGACAGAGCGCCGCCGGUGGGUCACAUGAGGCGAUUUGCAAGUGGGCGUGAGACUUUUUCGAAUUUCGAUUGGAAGGCCCAGAUUGCGCCUGAUGAAAGGGAUUGCUAUUCGGACAACGAUGAUAGAGUGGAGAGCGAUGCAGAGGACGAGGUGGUAAUCCCUUUCUCUGCUCCUCUGACGGCCGGUGGUGCUCCCAUGCUGAGUGUGCAGCCUCGGAAAGAAAUUAACCUGUGGAAGAGAAGAACAAUGGAAGCACCUAGGCCUCUUCAGUUGAAUCCUGUGCUUACUGCCAAAUGAUUCUUUGAUUAUUCAGA